AUGAUCGCUACUUUGUUUCUGCUGCAACUCGCCACUGUCCUGCUGUCAUUGCGAGUUAAUUCGCUGUCACCGCCAUUGGAGGUAGCUGCCGGAGCUGCCGCUGGUUCUGUUCGAAGGAAUAAAGUUGUUGCUUUGUUGGUUGCGGUCAGCAAGUGUUCGCGCUCGUGCGCUCCGCUUCUGUUUCUCUUGCCCGCCGAGAGAAGAGCUCAUGGGUGGGGUAAACGCCUCUGCUGUGUUUCUCGAUCACUAGUGAUGGAGCUCGCAUCGCCGUCAGCCAUGGCUGCUGUGCCUCUGGUCGCCGAGAAACGCCACCACUGUUGCCACUGGAAACUGCCACUGGAAUCGGUGUCGUUUGGAGUUGCUGCAAGUUGCCGUUGCCGGAAUCACUACCAGGGCUGCCGCUUCAUGGUUCAAUCACUUCUUAUUUGCGCGAAGUCACUAGAUACUGCCUUUAUCAGUGUCGUUACGGUCUUUAUCAGUGUCGUUACAUCAAUGGCUUUGAGGCUUCUAGGGUCAUCAUUUCCUUCUUCCAUCACCACCGGUUCUUUUGUAACAAAAGCUUCGUUGAAUAAGAGUGAAAAAUUGUCAAAAGAAUAUAAUUUGAAGACAUCACUGAAGCAUAAAUCCAGAGGCAUAUUUGAAAGAGGAUCUACAAUUAAAACAUGUGAAAAACAUGAUGAAAAGAAGUACCUCAUGAAUGUGACACAAUCAUCACAUGAAGCUGAACCACAUUCAAAAACCAUCUUCAACUCCAUCAUUCAUGCUUUAGAUGCUUCCCGCAAGUUUAGCAGAUUCUACGCAUUCAUUGCCAUGAUAGUGGGUUCAUUUUCAUCAUCACUUCUUGCCGUCGAUAAUUUAUCAGAAUUAUCUCCAACAUUUUUCAAUGGCUUUUUGCAGUAUGUAGCAGCUUUCUUCUUUAUGCAUAUGUACAUUGUUGGAGUAAAUCAAUUAGCGGAUCUUGAAAUAGACAAGAUUAACAAGCCAUACCUUCCUUUGGCAUCAGGAGUUUAUUCCUUCAGAAAUGGAGUUAUACUUGUGACCUCAUUUUUACUUACGUGUUAG